AGGCCUCCUUCCCACCUCCUCCUAGUUUAGCCUCGCUCGCUUCCGUCCGACAAGUCGAGGUCCCUCCCCUUUCCCGGGGACUUCCUGUUCCCUACCCAGAGAGCGAGAGGCCCGGGAGCCAGGCUGCGGUGAGAGCCGAACCGGGGCCAGGGUGUUGUCUGGCCGUCCUGCCGCUGCAGCGUGAGCCGGGGAGCCGGGGAGAGGCGAGCCGGAUGUCAGGGGAAGGGCUGCAGGAAGAGGAGCGGGUCUUUCUGGCUGCCCGUGAAGAGCUGGUGGACGCCCUGAGGAGGGAUCCUGGACAGACAUUUUCCCUAGAGCAGCUGCUUGGACUGCUGGACAACUCCUUGCCCCUUACCACCCGCUACCCUCAGCUGAAUGCCUCCUGCCUGGUCUGCAGCAAUGCCCAAGGAGAGCCCAGUCAGUACCUGCGUAGGCUGUCCACUGCAUUGAACAUUCUAGAGAAAUAUGGCCGAAACCUACUUUGUCCACAAAGACCACGCUAUUGGCGUGGGGUCAAGUUCAAUAACCCUGUCUUCAGAAGCACUGUGGAUUCUGUGCAGGGGGGCCGGGAGGUUCUUCGACUUUAUGGGUACACAGAACAACAGCCAGAUGGCCUAAGCUUCCCUGAGGGGCAAGAGGAGCCAGAUGGGCAUCGUGUGGCUACAGUCACUCUGGACGUCUUAUUGCUUCGGACUGAGCUCACCCUUCUCCUGGAGAAAUCCCAUCCACGGCCAAAGGCACUGGAAGAGCUACUAAAAAAAGGAUCUAGUGGUAAGAUGUUGCUCUUCUCUGAAUCAGUUUCUCCACUAAGAGAGACCACUUCCAAUUCUCUUCCUGCUCCCCAGGCUCAAGGCACCAUACCAGGUUCUUGCUUUUUAUGUGGCUCUGUCCCAGGCACACUGCAUUGCCCAACCUGUGGUCAUGCUCUUUGCCCAGCCUGUGACUGCCUUUUCCAUCGACACCCAUCCCGUGCCCAUCACCUGCGACAGCCCCUGCUUGGGAACUGCCAAGCCUCCAAUGUUAGCUCCAGCUUGUCAAACCUGGCCCCACCACGGCCCUUGCUCACUUCUCCACCCACCUUUGGGGACAGCUCUCUUCCUUCCUGGUCAAGUCCAGCCCCAGAGCCACCUAGCACUCGCCCACCUUGGCACUGUGCUGCCUGUGCCAUGCUGAAUGAGGCCCGAGCAGUGUUGUGUGUAGCCUGUGAUCGACCCCGAGGUUGCAAGGGGGUAGGACAAGGGAUGGAGAGCCCUCCAGCUGGAGGAUCCGGAUGUGGGCCACAGCGGGGCCGCUGGGCCUGUCAGAGCUGCACCUUUGAGAAUGAGGCUGCUACAGUGCUAUGUGCCAUGUGUGAGCGACCUCGGCUUGCCCAACCUCCCAGCCUUAUAGGGGAUGUCCGAGACACUGGUGCCUGCCUGCCUGCUCUGAAGGCUGGUGAUUGGCACUGUGUUCACUGUACCUUCCGAAACUCUGGCCCAGGCUGGGUUUGUACCAUGUGUAACCGGACCAGUAGCCCUACUCCACCACUUCUUCCCUCCUGGCUCCCCACUAGCUCGCUGGGAGAGGGAGCCCGAGCCAGUGUCUGCUUCAAGCCUGUGUCCACACAGCGCCUAAGCACUCCUCUGCCCACCCUCAGAGGAGAUCCUGAGCAGCAGCGUCAGGACAAGAUGCGGGAGGAUGGGCUCCGAUUGGUGGCAAUGAUCCGAGCAGGGGAAGCCGAAGGUGCAUGCCCAGAGGAGAUAUUUUCAGCACUGCAAUAUUCAGGCACUGAGGUGCCUCUGCAGUGGCUGCGGUCAGAGCUGCCCUAUGUGCUGGAGAUGGUGGCAGAGAUGGCAGGACGGCAAGACCCCAGUCUAGGUGCAUUCUCCUGCCAAGAAGCCAAGCAGGCCUGGCUUGAUCGUCAUGGCAACCUGGAUGAGGCUGUGGAGGAGUGUGUUCGAGCCAGACGACGGAAGGUUCGGGAGUUAGAGGUCCUGGGCUUUGGGCGAGAGGAGGGGGCAUUGCAAGCACUCUAUCAGCAUGGUGGAGAUGUGGGGCGAGCCCUUACAGAGCUACAGCGACAGCGCCUAGAACCCUUCCACCAGCGCCUCUGGGAAGCCCCUGAGCCUAACCCUUCCUGGGAUGGACCUGAUAAGCAGAGUCUGAUACGACGGCUAUUGGCAGUAUACGCUUUACCAAGCUGGGGCCGGGCAGAGCUGGCACUUUCACUGCUUCAGGAGACGCCAAGGAACUAUGAGCUGGUAGAUGUGGUGGAGGCUGUUCGACAUAGUCCUGACCGGGCCUUCCUGCGCCGACUACUUGCCCAAGAGUGUGCUGUCUGUGGCUGGGCCCUUCCCCGAAACCGGAUGCAGGCACUGACCUCCUGUGAGUGCACCAUCUGUCCAGACUGCUUCCGGCAGCACUUCACCAUUGCCCUGAAGGAGAAGCACAUCACAGAUAUGGUGUGUCCAGCCUGUGGACGCCCUGACCUAACUGAUGAGACCCAGCUAGUCAGCUACUUCUCUACCCUGGACAUCCAGUUGCGGGAAAGCCUGGAUCCUGAUGCCUAUGCAUUGUUCCACAAGAAACUGACGGAGCGUGUGCUCAUGCGUGACCCCAAGUUCUUGUGGUGCACUCAGUGUUCCUUUGGCUUCAUCUAUGAACGGGAGCAGCUAGAGGCCACGUGUCCCCAGUGUCACCAGACUUUCUGUGUUCGCUGCAAGCGUCAGUGGGAAGAACAGCAUCGGGGCCGGAGCUGUGAGGACUUUCAGAGCUGGAAACGGGCCAAUGACCCUGAGUACCAGGCCCAGGGCUUGGCCAUGUACCUGCAGGAGAAUGGCAUUGACUGUCCCAAGUGUAAGUUCUCGUACGCUCUGGCCCGGGGUGGAUGUAUGCACUUCCAUUGCACCCAGUGCCGCCAUCAGUUCUGCAGUGGCUGCUACAGUGCCUUCUAUGCCAAGAAUAAAUGUUCAGAUCCCAACUGCCGGGUGAAGAAAUCACUGCAUGGUCAUCAUCCUCGAGACUGUCUCUUCUACCUUCGAGACUGGGAUGCUCUCCGUCUUCAGAAGUUGUUACAGGACAACAGCAUUACUUUCAAUACAGAGCCUCCAGCUGGAACCCGGGCAGUGCCUGGAGGUGGCUGCCGUGUGAUGGAACAGAAGGAGGUUCCAGGUGGGCUCAAGGAUGAAGCCUGUGGAAAGGAGACCCCAACUGGGUAUGCUGGACUCUGCCAGGCACAUUACAAGGAGUACCUGGUGAGCCUCAUCAAUGCCCACUCACUGGACCCAGCAAUGCUGUAUGAGGUGGAGGAGCUGGAGACAGCCACGGAGCGCUAUCUGCAUGUCCGGCCUCAGCCAGUAGCAGGAGAGGAGGCCUCCACCUAUCGGACUCGAUUGCUACAGAAGCUGCUAGAAGAGGUGCCUCUGGGCCAGAACAUCCCCCGAAGGAAGAAGUAGCUGGGGCUGGGGCCCUCGGGAAGGCCCCUGUGCCCCGCUGCCAGGGCUGGGGCCCUCAGGAAGGCCCCUGUGUCCCCCGCCAGUUCCCAUUUCCUACGGACUCCUACAGAAACUCCAGCACCAAUAAAGGUGUCUCCUCUCCCAACCUC